GUUUCAUUUCCACAUACUACAACACAACCAGAUCUGCUCUCCCACAUUGCAGUUCAAUAGUCCCUGGACCUCCAUCUUUACCCCAAAACACAACUUUUUACUGUAUAGCAGUGCCAUGCUGCCGGGGGUCUGUGGAUGAGAAUAUGUCGUCAGACUUCUACUCCAGAGAUGCUUUGUUGGAGCAGGGGACCAUCCCCCUGGACAUUGACAAUGUUCACAUGCUGCUGCAGGUGGAACAAGAACAGAUUCAGAAGAGGACCUUCACCAACUGGGUCAAUGCCCAGCUGGCAAAGAGGAGGCCACCGUGCAUGGUUGUAGAUCUGUUCAAUGAUUUCCGUGAUGGCUCCAAACUGCUGGACCUGCUGGAGGUGAUGAGUGGUUUGCACAUCAGUCGGGAGAGAGGCAGGGGAAUGUUUCAGCACAGGAGCAACAUCGAGAAGGCUCUCUCCUUUCUUAAGAAGAAAUCGAUAAAGCUGGUUAACAUACACAUUCCUGACAUUAUUGAUGGAAAACCAUCCAUCAUCCUGGGCCUUAUAUGGACUAUCAUUCUUCAGUAUCAUAUCGAAGAGCUGGCGAGCUCCCUCACCUUUGACUCCCGUCAGUCCUCUAUGGAGUCUUUGGCCAGUCUCGACACACGCUCCACCUUCUCAAGCCACUCGGCUAGCAGCAGUCCAGUUCCUCCCAGAGGCUCACCACUACAUCAUCGUUUUAGAGUCUCUGCCAAGAAAGCACUGUUGCUCUGGGUCCGGGAGCAGUGCCACAAAGCUGGCUGCUCAGUAAACGUAAAAGACUUCAAGGCUAGCUGGAGGAGUGGAGUGGUUUUCCUGGCUAUCCUGUAUGCUCUGCGGCCUGACCUGGUGGACCUAUCCAAGGCCAGAACGAGAAGCAACAAACAGAACCUGGAGGAAGCCUUCCGUAUUGCAGAGAAAGAGCUGAGGAUCCCCCGACUGCUGGAGCCUGAUGAUGUGGACGUUCGAGACCCCGAUGAGAAGUCCAUCAUGACUUAUGUGGCUCAGUUCCUGCAGUACUCCAGGGACCUGCCAGUGCCAGAAGAAGAAAUGCAGACACAAUAUUUGACUCCUUCUAAAAGUCCUUCUCCUAUCAACCUGCCUGUCUUCUACACCCCUGCUAUUUCUGCUUCACCUCUCCGCCAGGCAACACCUGACCGUAAGGCGCAGGAAAUGACAUGCUGGCUGGUUCAGGCCUAUGAUGAGCUGCUGGAGGGAUGGGACUCCACAGAAGGAGAAAGCUACUCAGAAAGAUAUAAUGUAUUUCAGACCUUUCUGGUGUCCUUUAAUGAGCAACGACGGCCCAUCAUGCCUUUGUUGACGGCCAUGAGACGAACCCCAAAACUGAGCGACGAGCAACGGACUCUUAGAGAGGCGUGGGAUACUCUCACUGAAAAGCUCCGUGAGUACAAAGUUGCUUUAGAUAUGAGUCUUCCAGCCCCCUUGGACACAGUAGCCCGCUGGCUUUUGAGAACAGAGGAGUCUUUAGCUGAGGAAGAUGGCAACCCUCAAGACCACGGCCGUGCUGCUGAUGAAGCGAGGGAGAAGCACGAACUGCUCAAAGCUUGCCUGGAGGAGAUGCCACAGCACGUGAGGACCUUCCAGUCCUUCCAGAACAUAGAUGAGUACGGAAACAUGAUGAUUCCUACUGACAAGAUGGAUGAGCUCAAGAGGAGAUUUACCAGCGUCAGAGUGACUGCCAAGUAUCAUGGGAUCAAGCUAGAGUACAGAGAGCAUCGCCACACUGUUUUGGAUCUGUUGGGGCAGAUCAGGACCAAGCUUCGUGUCUGGAAGAGACCUUAUAUCUCCUCAGAGGCAGUCAGGGUGUUGCUGCAAGAGUGGCAUGAACUCGUAAACACACAAGAGCUGCCUUCCAUGUUGGAAACGGUUAUUCGUAAGCUGAAGCAGAUUUCUGAGAAAUAUUCAAGCAAAUCUGCCCUUGCUUCAGAUUAUCAGCAUGUCAGUCAGCAGGUGAAGCAGCUGGAGGAGGACACUGCUGUUGUUUUAGAGGACGUGACCACAGUGAAAAGCACAAUGGGACGGGUUCUGUCUGCCUGGGACUCGUACAGCGACUCCCUUAGUUCCCUGCAGGCUUGGCUUGAACAGUGCUCUGCAACACACAGCCACAGACCUGAGCUGACCUCCGCAUCCAUGGCUGAGUGGGGCUCUCGUCAGGCCCACCUGAAUGAGGUGGGGAACUUCCUGAUUGAGUCAACGGAUCCUCAGACCAGCAGGAGUCUGGCAGAGGAGCUUCGAAAAGUCAACAUGCAAUGGGCUGAGUUUGUCAAGAAAAACACUUUGGAAAACAUUGGUGAGCCAAGUGAAGUUACCCAUGUAAACCCAGAUGACAUCAGAGCUUUGAUCAGAGAGGGCACAUUGAUUCUCAAAGAGCCUCUGGAUGUUAUGGCGGGUCCUUUACGCACCUACAGGAAAAGAUUACAGUUUAUAAUGAGGAAGAUUAAAGACGUGGAUCUGGAUGCAUUGGCUUCUGUCCCAGAAUGCCCAGCAGAUCAGUUACAGAAACUGAAGCUUGCAGUACCAGAAGUUAUGCAGACAUUAUCUGAGGCAGAAAAGGUUUGUGUAGAGCUGCAACACAGUGUGUCUGGGCUGGACAGUCGAUUGGCUGAACUUCUACAUUGGGAGACUGAAGCCAGGGAGCUCUACCACCUGCUGAGGGCCACCGAUCGGCAACAAAAACAGGUCCAGACCUCACAAGCCAGGGUCACUAUUUCCCGUGGUCUACAGCUCGAAGGUCAGGUAGUCACAGAGGAGCAAGACCUGCAGGUGAUUGUAUCGACAAAUCAGAAGAGCUCUCCCAUCCACUACCUCCAUGCCUCUACUAUGCAGGAUCGAGUGCGAGCCGCUGUUGCUCAGUCACAGGAAGCAGUUGGUAUGCUAAGCAGCCUGGGUGCCAGACGAGACAGAAGCAGAAGUCCUCCAGCAGGACCUCCUUCAAAAGUCUUUAUUCAAGAUAAAGCAGUCCCUCAACAUUUGAAACAGUCAGACACCAAGCAUACAAAAACCUUCGUGCCAAGGAUAGUGGUACAAGAUUACAAAGAAGAAAAGAUGACUUCUCCUCCAAUGCCAUACACCUAUGCAGAAGCUGUGAAGCAGACCAGAAGAAAGUCGCCGCCAGAAAGUCAGUUUCAAGCUUGGCCAAUGGCCACUGCACAAAAGACAACAGAGACUCCAGAUCAAGGGCCACAGCAAGACCUACUCCAAGAGGGACUUAGAAGACAGGUGGAAAUUAAACUGGGACAGAAAGAACAGGAAGAAAUGAAGGAGGAGUAUCUUCUACAAGUUCAGCAGCAGGAGUUGUUCCCAGUGCAACCACAACCAAGUCAGCCCAAGCAGGAGCAACAACAGGUACAACAGCAUGUGGUAGUUAAUAUACAAGUUGAACAACAAGUUAAACAAAGACCAGAAUCCAAAGACCAGACUCGACUUCACGAACCAGCUGUAAAGAAAAGGGUUCUAAGUUCCCAGGAGCUCCAAAGCAGAAAAGCUCAGGGCAUGAAGAAUCGGCCAUGGCUUCAGAAACCAGCUUUUCCAGAACAGAAAACUCCAACUGAAGAGCAGGAUUCGACUCAAGAUCUAGUUCAAACAAGACAGACACAGUCAGUGGGAUCAGUUCAGGUAAUUUCCCAAAAUGUAGCAACUACCAGGCUACAGUAUGAGGCCCACGCAAAAAUUACUAAGCAGCCACAACAACAGCAAAAAGCGGAACAGAAGCAAACACAGCAAACUGAAAAUCUAGAGCAUCAGCAGCAAGACAAACUGCUACAUCAACAACAGCAAAAAGAGCAGCAUCAGCAAAAGGAACAGCAAAAACAACAACCACAAGAAACUGUAAGACAAGCACAACAAGAAUCAAAAUCAAAAUCACAAACUGUAACCUUGAGUCAACCUCAACCACAAAGAAAGACCCCAAAUCAAUCACAAACUAAUACUAUGGUUCAGUCCCACACUACUACAGAUACACAGCAACCAUGUGUUCCUCAGUCCCAUGACUCUGUGAAGAAACAGUCAUCAACCAAGCCACAGACCCAACAACAGCUCCAGCCACAGGAUCAGGCUCUGGUUCAACCAGCUGGUCCUCAGCCAUCUAAGCAGCCACAGGUACUACCCCAUGACCAGUCUGUAGCUCAAGUCCCAAUAUGGGCUCAAAUCAGACAGCCUUCCACUAUUCAGGCUCCACUGCAAGGCCCAAUUCAGCUUCCUGUACCAUCUCACAUUCAGCUUCGUAGUCAACCACAGUCAUGGGCCCCUGUCCGGCCCCCUUCCCCUAAGCCACCAACCCAGGCUCAGCCUCCAAUGCAUACUCAGUCAACAAAUGUGGGCCAAACCCAUGCAAAAUCAAUGGAUGAUCCUGAAAUUCACCCUCAGUCCAAGGUCCAACCUCAAACACACCCUCAGCCUAAGACCCAAGUUCAAAUCCAUGCUGAUCAGUCUGAGACCCAUUCCCAGUCAAUGCCCUACCCACAAGCCCAUGCUCAAUCAAUGACCCAUGUUCCAACCAAUGUUCAGGCAAUGGCCAUGCUAAGUCAGGCCCAACCAUUGACUCAACAUCCAACCCAAGCCCAACCUAUACUCCACCUUCAGGGUCAUUGUUUGACUGAUCCUAUGACUCAGUAUCCAACGCAUGCACAGGCACUGGUCCAGCAACAAGGCCAUAUUUCACAGGGGCACUUUCAAGCUUAUACUCAAGUCAGAUCCUCAGUCCCCCAGUCUAUCCAGCAUCCACAAGCUACAGUGCAACCUCAGCUAUACUCCCAGGGUUAUGCCCAAGCUCAGUCCACGUCUCAGCAGUGGAUAGAUAAACAAGAACCACAAAAUCAAGCAUUUCCCCAGCAGAGUCACCCUAUCCCGCAACCAUACCCUCAGCAAAUGAGCCAAGCAACACAUUCUCAGGGUUAUCCUACAGUUCAGACUCUAUCCCAUUGGACCCAGCAAACGCCCCAGAUUGCCCACCAUAGGGUUUCUCAUAUGGGGCCAUCAUAUACUCAACCGCAAAUGCAUCCUCAAGCUCAACCCCAACCCUGGACUCAAACACAGCAGCAAACUGGGCCCCAGAGUUCCAUGCACCAACAUACCCAGAUGAGAGCUUCUAACUUAGUUCAGCCACAACAAGGCCAAGUUCAGCAACAGACUUGGGUUCAACCACCACUACAAGUGCCAUCUCAGUCUUAUCAGCAGCCUCAGUCUCAGCAGUAUGUACAGGUCCAGCAUCAACCUCAAGCUCAACAUCACCCUCCACCUCAGAUUCAAACACAUAUAUCUCUCAAGUCACAACCCUCACAUCAAGCCUAUCCUCAGUUUCCUUCACAGCCCCAGCAACAAACUUUGCAGGCCCAGUCCCAAACACACGUCCAGGCACAGCCAUUAGUUCAAGAAAAGCCCUUUGCCAGAACUCAGGGGGCUCAAUCUAAUAUUCAAUUCCAGCAGUCAACUUCUCAGCCCAAGCAUCAGCCCCAACUUCAGCUACAACCAAUGAUUCAGUCACAAACUCAAUUAAAAGGUAACUCACCUCUACAGCCCAGGCCUCUACAGCCAAAACAGGAUGUUGAAAUGACACCUCAACUAAUGGUUCAGUCACCAAUUAAACACAUACCUGGAUCACUACCACAGCCCAAACCUGAAUCUCAAUUGCCACCACAGCCAAAGGCUCAGUCACUAACUAAAGUUAAUGUUGAAACACCCGCUCAAUCCAAGGUGCAAGCCCAACCUCAAUUACAACCUACAGCUCAAUCACCAACUCAACCUAUAGUUCAGUCACCAGUCCAACCCAAAGUCCAACCAGUGUUCCAACCCAAAUCUCAGACACAGUUAUCCCCACAGCACCAUCCUCAGGUUCCGGUCUCAUCGUCUCCCACGGCCCAAACAGUGCCACAGUCCAAGACUGAAUCUCCCGCACAGGCAAGACCUCACACUCAACCACUUAACCCACCAAAGACUGAAACCCAGUCUCCUUUGCAACAGAAAUCUCAACAGUCCCAGACUAUUCUCGUCUCUCAAGUCAAUGUGUUGCCUCAAACCCAGGCUGAGUCACCAGAUCUUAAUAUCAAACCUCCUGCUCUGGCUCAAGCACCUCCCCAGGCCUACACAGAGGCCUACACUAAGGCACAGGCUUUAGCUAGAAAUGGCUUUGAGGAGGCCAAACACUGCCUGCAGGCGCACAUCCUGGAAGCUAUCAAUGUCUUCAAAGAUAGGCGUGUAUCAGCUGAGCAAGCUUCAGUAAAGGAGAAAACUCUGAGAACAUUGGAUCCAGAGUUGCUGGAGGAGUUCUUGCGAGCAGCUAAUGGCAUGGAGGCCUUUUGUACCCCCUCACAGCUCAGAGAUAUGGAGUUCUUCACCCAAUCUGUCAGGACACAGUGGGAGGCUCUCAGAGCUGAGAUCUCAGGAUUUUUGCAACAAUUACAGUUUGAAGUAACAAGGAAAGACUUUAAUGCAGCAGUCCUGCGGUGUGAGAUGCACUUAAGCACCAGCUUAGAAAACCAAGCUCAGGCUUGCUUCUCAGCGGACUUUGCUGAAGCAGAACAGCACCUGCAGGCACUGAAAGAGUUGUGUGACACCCUAAGCCCGGAGGAUGCUCACCGCUUGGCUCAGACGCAGCUGAGGGAGUGUGAAAAGAGGCUGGCUGCCAUCCAGCAUCAGUUCAGUGGAGAUCAAGACGCACCACUCCCUGAAUCUAGGAUUCCUGUUGCCUUCACUGAGGAUCCCAACACACAGAAGGAGCCUACCAAACCAAGUGAUGAACCUCAGGCCUUAGCUGAGGUGACCCAGGUGACAGUGAAGACAGUUGCUGUGGAGAGAAGGGAGGCUGAAAAGCAGACGUCUGUGGAGGAAGAAGUAACCAAAAAGGAAGCUUUAGAAAGAUAUGAGAAUGCUAAGAGGGCUCUGCAAGCCCAACUAGCUAAAAAUGAACAGAGCAUCAAGGAUGUCCCCUCUGACUCAGUCUCUCUGAAAGGCCUGCAUACACGGCUCCAGGAAAUACAGUUCUUGAGACAAGAGACUGAGUGUCUUUGGUCUGAGUAUGCACACCAGUGCUCUCAGUGUUCCCAGCUGAGUGGAAACACUUCUCUGGAGCAGGAGAAAGCAGAGCUGCAGGAGCAGUGGCGCACCCAGCAGUCCAACCUUCAGAGGAGAGGCAGCUCGCUGGGCUCUGCACUCAGGCAGAUUGACUCCACUGAGAAUCACAUGGUGGACUUCACCGACCGCCUGGACCGUUAUCUGAGACAGCCCAAAGACAUCACUGGCUUCACACUGGCCAACAGUAACAUUCUGAAAGAUAUAAAGGAACUGGAUGACAACAUACAGAGCGAACUGGACCAGUUGUCCCGUCUGGACCCCGAAUCCAGCGACUUGGAUCCCAGAGAACGCUUCCCGCUGUCCCGUGAGUUUGAGGCUCACAAAACCAGCUUGGAUCAACUCCGGCAGCAAGUCCGGAAGAGCGAAGCAGCUGCCCGUGCCCUCGACCGAUUUCUUAUGUCGCUGCGCACUGUGGAUGAGGAUAUCUCAAGUAUCCCAGGUCCACCCUGUAGUGACACUGUGGUACUGCAGGAAUGCCGCUCCAAGUUGGCUCUGAUCAGGCAGAGCAUUGACAGUUUGAAAGAGAAAGCCCCUCAGCUGGAUCUACUCCUGCAGGGAGCUCGGCUCACGGUCACAAGGGAUGGUAUCCCAGCCUCCUGCCUCGAUAUGGUGAAUAUCCUGGUGAGAAGGCUGGAUGAGGCUGACAGUGGGCUUGUCAGCCAGCAGAAGGUCCUUCAGAAGGAGACCCAAAGCAAAACCCUGGGCCUGAGGAAGAGGACGAUGCUGGGGGAGAUGAAGAAGCUGCAUGAUACAAUUGAAGCACAAGGCCUCAAAGAGCCCACCAUGCCUGCUUUGCAGCACAGGCUUCGUGCCCUCUUGGAUUUAGAAGGCCAGCUGCAGGCUCAGGACUGUGAGCUUCAGAGCCUCCGUGAAGUCCAAGAGAAGCAGGGAGGAGGAGAAAAUCUCCUUCAGGAGCUGGAAGCUCAGUGGAAGGAGACUCAGCAGGCUUUUUCUGACAGGAGGAAGCAGUACAGCACACUGUUGGAGCUUCUGAAGAAGUUUCAGACCUGCCGGAGUCUCCUGAGGAGCACCAUCCAGAAAGCAGAGCAGGCAAUCAGCGAUAAGGCGUCCUACAUGGGGAAAGACAACCUGCAGAGGAGUAUGGCAAAGGUCUGUGAUAUUAAGGAGGAGCUGGCUGGUCUUACGGGGCCGAUGGAAGAGAUGAAAAGUGUUUGCAAACAGCUAAAGUCUGAACUGAAGAAGUUUCCAGACUGCAGUGAAUCUCCAUUUGAAGCAGAGGCCGACACGCUGAUGGACAGCUGGCUGGACGUGACAGAGAAGACAGAUGCCUACAUGGAUAACCUGCGAGUGGGCCUGGAGCUGUGGGAGAAGCAGCUGAUGCUGGGAGGAGAGGUGGACAGCUGGGCCGGGGCCAAACUGGCCCUGUUUGCAGAGAGCCAUACUUUCUACAAUGAGCAACAAGUACUCACCAUGAAGGAUGAAAUCCAGGCCAAUGAGGAGAACAUCACUCAUUUUCAUAAGAAGUCUAUUGAGAUCCAGGAGAUGCUGCAAAGUCAGGAAGCUCCACUGGAGCUACAGGUAAUGGAAACCCAGCUGAGAAAGAGAAUGGAGCAGGUGAAGGAACUGUUUUCUGACUGCACAGAUGUCUUUGAGGAGUUAAUCGCUGUGAAGAAGCAUCUAGCCGAGAAGGUAGAGGAUUGUCAGACAGCGGUAGAGAACAUCCAGAGUCGUAUCAAUGAGAUUAAUGCUUCAGGUCCAAAUGUGGAAGCCCAGAUACGGGAUCUGUGCAAUGACCUGGAGUCUCAGGAAGAGCAGGCUGAGGCCGUGUUGAAGGAGGUGGGAUUGGUUUCCAGUGUGGCCAGCCCUCAAGUGCUUGAGGCACUCUCUGUUGACUGCAGCAGGCUAACGGAGGCCAUCUCGCGCACGAAAGACAUGAUCCAACUGAAGAGAGAGGAGAGGGACAAAGGCCUGCUCAAGGUUAUCGGAGAUGAAAAGCAGUCAUUCGAGGAAUGGUUCCAGGACUUGCAGCUAGCUGUCAAUGAGUGCUUCGAGAACCCUGAGAGUAGAACAGAUGUGGAGACAUUUUUGCAAAGACUGACUAGUUUCUUAAAGUCCAAGGAUGCAGAGAGACGUCUUGACCAGCUGAAAGAUCAGCUGGAGAGAGGCAGGGAGCAGGUUCCACCUCAGCAGCUCUCUGAGUUUACUGGGUGGAUGCAGGAGCAGCAAGAGGAAGUGGUCACGUUCAGAACCCACUGCCAAAACCGGCAGAAACAAAUGGAGUCAGUGCUCAGCGACUUAGACAGUCUGCAGAAGCAGCACGACAGCCUCCGUCAGUGGCUUCAGAACAAAGAAAAACUCUCUGUGGUGCCUGAGAAAGUCAAACAACUUCUGAAAGACCUUCAGGAUGAGAGUGGAAGAGCCGAGACCCUCAGUGAGCUGCUGGCAUCAAUACGCAGACAAGGUGUCAGAUCUGAGAGCCUCCUGAAGGACGCUGAUAACUUGAUACAGCGCUACAGAAACCUGGAGGGCAGGAUGCUGAAUCAGGCUGAGGCCCAGAGUGUGUUGGAUGGAGAAUACAAUGUGUUUAAUACUCAGGCAGAGAGCACCAGGACCUGGAUCAGUGACCUAUCACAGCCUCUCACCACUCCAGACAGAGACACCAACAUGGAGGAGAUGAAGUCCAAAGCACAAGCUAUCCUUAGCUGCAAACCUGAGGGAGACUUUAAAGUGAGCAGCCUGAGACAACAAAGCGAAAGUCUGUGUGAGAAGGAAGGCCUGGACGAGUCCAGGAAACAAAGUGUCCAGCUGUUAGUUAGAGACACAGAGAAACAGUGGAUGACAGCCGUGCAGGCUGCUCAGGAGGCUCUCAGAAAGGCAGAGACACAAGCCAUUUUAGAAAAAAACGUUGAAGCUUUCCAAACCCACAAUGAAAGUGUCCAGUCCUGGAUCAGAGACCAGGACCAGAACCUCAAGUCUAUCGGUGGCCAUGCGGAAGCUGAAGAAAAGCUACAGGCUGCACAAGCUUUACUGAGCUCCAAGCCUAAUGGAGAGUCAAAGCUCCAAGAGCUUAAGCAACUGUGCCAGAGUCUGUGUGACAACCAGAGUUUGGAUGAGAGCAGGAAACAAGAGCUUCAUGACACAGUCAAACACACAGAGGAGCAGUGGAGGAAAGCCUUGCAGGGUGCUGAAGAGGCUCUUAAACAGGCAGAGACUGAAGAGGCCACUAAAAGAGAUUUUGAUGCUUUCAAAACUCAAAGUGAAACAAUCCAAUCCUGGAUCAAAGAGCAGAAGCAGAAACUGCUGUCCCUCGGUAGUCAUAUGCACUUUGAAGAAAGGUCCCAGAUAGUACAGGCUGUCAUGACUUCCAAACCUGAAGGAGAGUCCCAGUUGCUCGACCUGAAGAGACGGGGUAAGAAUCUGAGCAAGCUCUUGGAAGACAGUAGGAAACUAGAGGUUCAGCAGCUAGUAACAGUCACAGAGCAGCAGUGGACGACAGUUCAACAGGCCGUCAAACAAGCAGAAGUCAGGAGUCUUUCUGAUGACUUUGACGUCCAGUUUAAAAACACAGAGAUGUGGAUCAAAGAGAAGCAACAGAAGCUACAGGCUGUGGGCAGUCACACAACAGCUGAAGAGAGAUGCCACACAGCACAGGACCUCUUGACCUUGAGGCCUGAAGGUGACUCUAAGGUGAACAACCUGAGGAGACGAGGACAGAGUCUGUGUGACCACAAAGAUGCUGGUGAGGGCAGGAAAGAGCAGGUCAAGCAGACAGUCAGAGACGUGGAGGAGCUGUGGAGGGCAGCUCUGCAGGAUGCUAAACAGCUUGAAGCCGCAGCAGAAGCUGAGAUUGCCCAAGAGACUGAGAGGAGAAGGUUGGAGUUGCAAGAAUUUAAUACCUGUCAGCGGGAAACUGAUGGCUGGCUAAAAGACCUCGAACAACAGCUGAACUCUUUCGGCAGUGAAGUCGAGAACAGACUGCAUGUAGCACAGGCCAUUAUGAACUUCAAGCUUCAAAAUCUCAAGAUAAAAGCCCAGAGUUUGCUUGAUCACGAGUAUGAUGAACAUAAAAAACAAGAGAUUCAACAAAAAGUAAGAGACACUGAGGAACGGUGGAUCAGACUCCAGAAAGACGCUAAAGAAGUAAUGGUUCUGGCUGAAAGGCAACAUGCUCUCGACGGCCAGCUGCAAGGCUUUGAAGCUACGAGAGAAAAGACCAGAGUGUGGCUGGAAGAGAAGCAGCAGAGCCUUGUCUCUCUGACCAGUCAGAAAGACCCAGAACAGAUCAUAAGCACUGCACAGACCAUCCUGAGCUGCAAGCCUGAGGGAGACUCUAAGCUCGAAGAACUAAAAAGACUAAGUCAGAGUCUGUCUGACCAAGAGGACUUGGCUAAGACCGUGAGCCAAAAGGCUCUGCAAGCAGUGAAAGACUCAGAGGAGCAGUGGAGGACAGUCCUGGAAACUGCUGAGAACACUCUGCAAAAAGCUGAGGUCCAGUACUUGCUCUCCAAGGAGCUAGGGGCUUUCCGCGCUCAUGUGGGAAGCACUAAAGCUUGGAUUACAGGCCUGCAGAAACAAGCUGAUUCCAUGGGGAUGAGCACUCAGGGCAGCAAGGCUCAGUUACAGGACAGACUGAGUGCAGCACAGGCCAUCUUGAGAUCAAAGUCAAGUGGUGAGACACAACUGUUGGAGCUGAAGAGGCGAGCGCAGAGUCUCUGUGACCACACAGACCUGGAGAAGGACAAGACGCUGGAUGUUCAGCAGACAGUCAGAGAUGCAGUGGAGCAGUGGGGGGCAAUGCUGCAGGCUGCUGAGGAGACACAAAGCAAGUUGCAGAGUGUUGUGGAACGCCUGGUGUCCUGUCAGUACCAGCGAGACCAGGCUGUGGCCCGUCUGGCUGAGCUUCAGAAGCAAACAUCCAACCUUCCACGUGUCUUCCCCUGGCCAGGCCUGGGAGAGCGGAGGCAAGCUGUGGAAGAGGCCCGAGCCCUGGUUGAUCAGAUAACAGCCUUAGCCCCCGUCCUCUCAAACAUCCGCACACAGGCUGCAGAGCUGGUUGAAAUCACACAGGACCAAAGCUGGUCUGACCCCACCUGGACAGCUAAGGAGGAGUCUAUCCCUGCUCUGCUGAAAGAGCUCACUGAUACAGUAGCCAACCUGGAGCAGGGCAUUGUGACAGAGCGGCAGUGCACACAGCUAGUGGAGCAGCAUGAAGCAGCUCAGGACUGGCUGAGGGAGCAGGUUAAAAGCCUGGGACCUCCUCCUGCAGACAGACAGAGUCUGCACAGUGCUGUGAACACCCUUAAGGCUUUGCUCCAGACAGUGGACAGAGAGCAGAGAGAGAUGAAGGAGCUGGACUCUGCCAGAGACAGUUUGCGGAGCCUCUGCACUCCUGGGGGUCAGGAUGCCCUGACCCUAGAGGUUAGCCAUCUCCAUGACCUGUGUUCUGUCUCAGAGCAGGAGGUAAGGGAGCAUCUGAGGGCCUGUGACACACAACUGAAAGAACUGGACAGUCAGUUGGCCAAAAGGACCCAGGGGCUGAAAGAGGGAAUUGCAGCCCUGCAGUGGGAGCUCCGCUCUCUCGACCAGGCACUCAGUUACAGUGAACCACAAAACAAUAUCACUCAACUUGAACAGCACUGGCACAGCCUACAGAAUUGUGAGAAGUCACUCGAGGAUUCGGGUGUGAAAAUUCAUGACCUGCAACAGGAAGUAAACUUGGCAUCUUCUACCAAUGAGCUGCCAGCAGAAAUCAUCAGUGGGGUUGACUCGUUAUGGGAGCAGCAUGCCAGCCUAAAAUCUAGGCUGAGUGAGCAUCAGGUUACCUGCUGCACAAACACAGCAACAUGUCUCAGGGACUGUCUUCAUGUUCUGCAAAAAUGGAACCACAGCAGAUCAUCUGCGUCACUUUCCUCUGUGCAGGAGAUGUUAGAGGAAGGUGAAAAGUUGCAAGCCAGCCUACAGGAGGCACUUUCUCACCGACAUUUUCUAAUGGCCUGUCUGACAUUGGACUUGCUUGAGAAACUAGAAAAAGAUGGCUCAGAAGCUCUCAGAGAAGCAGACACACUGAAAAUUUCGCUAAGUCAGAGCCUAAAGGAACUUAAUCAAAGAAGUAAACAAAAACUGCCUGACAACCAGUCUUCAGACAAUCUGCAGGGGACAACGACCUCUGUGGUGGCACCGCCACGAAAAAGCAAGCACUCAUCUGAGAAAAAAACAGUUUAUCCUGUUUCAGCUUCAGCAUCUGUGGUGAUACAAAGCUAUACUACUUCUCAAGAACCACAGUCCAAAACUGUAGAUAUCACAGAUGAGCCUGUUACAAAUGAGGCAAAUAAGCUUGCUUCUGAGGAUCCCACCGUGAUGCACAACGUCACUGAAGAGACUCCUGCUGUUACUGAAGAAACUGAAAUUGAACAGCUGUAUGCUGAAAAUAAAACCAAGGAUGAGGCAGAGAAUAAGCAAAAGCCUAGUAGUGAGAAAUCUCCAGUGACUGGAAAGCAAACUAAAGUGGCUGUGGAAAAAAGUGAAAUCAUUCAAAAAGGUAAGAAGUCCAAGAGUUUUGAGGUCUCUCAGCUUGCAGAGCCAAUGUUUCCACUGGAAAAAGUUGCUAGUAUGCAGUCAACGGAAACCAAAGAUGAAUCAGAGAAGUAUAACGUAACAUCAGAGUCAGCUGAAACACCUAUGGCAAAAUCUAGAUUAUUGCCUAUGACGAGAAAAUCAAAGAGCACAGAACUUUGCCUUGCUCUUGGUGAUACUGAGUUACCUCAAACAAGGAAAGAUCCUCAAAGCAAAAGUUCUUCUUUGGACUUUAAUGGCGAGAACAAAGGUUUUGUUACUGAAAAGAAAAAACCUGUACCUGUUGGGUCUUCAACUCCAACUCCAAAUAUGCCAGAAAAAUUAGCUCAAACAACUGAUGUAGAAAAAGGCCAGUUUUCACCAAGCACAGGAAAGUCAAAAGCUUUAAUGAGUUCUCCAGAAUUUCCUUCAGUGGCACAGACACAAUCCAAGAAAAAGCCUGAAAAUCAGACAUCACCGUCAGUUCCGGAGGUUGUCAAAGAACCAAGUGAACAAGAAACUGAAAGUAAAAAGCCAGAUUUACAUGAAGAUAUAGAUACUGGAACAGCUGAAACUACUGAUGAAAACUUGACAGAGGUUUCAAUAAUGGACACAAAGUCAGGGCAUCCAAAGGUUUAUCUUGGGCUUCCUAACAAAGAUCACAUUCCAACUACAAUACAACAUGAGAGUGAUAUAUCAUUCUUGCCUACCACAAAGCCAGUUGAGACAAAGGAAGAGCCAGAUAGUCAGAGAUGUCCUUUAUCUCCAGAGGUUGCAACUGCAGCAACAGAAAUUACUGCUAUGAAUAAAGGAAAGCGUUCCCCAUCCAAAAGAAAGUCAAAGAGUCGUAAAGCUUCCUCAGAACUUAAUAGUACAGAUUUGCCUGAGACUUUGAAAGAAUUUGAAACUGUGGAUCCCACCAAGGAAACUAAGGUUACCACUUUAGAAAAGCCUGAUAUCCCCCCAACAAGAAAAACUUCAAAGACUUUUGUGGAGUCAAUACCUACCACAGAAAGACAUCCUGAUGCGGAAAAUGAAUAUACUAAGAAAGAACUUGAGAGUGUGAAAUCUACCACACCUACAGAAAUGGCUACUAUACAGACUGAACAUGUUAUGGUAUAUCCGACAAAGAAAGAGGAAGAGUCAGACAGUCAGAGAUCUCCAGUAUCUUCAGAGGUUCCCACAGCAAAAGAAAUUACUGCUGUCCAUACAGAAAAGCGCUCACCACCCAAAAGAAAGUCAAAGAGUCGUAAAGCUUCCUCAGAAUUUAUUAGUCCAGAUUUGCCUGAGACCUUGAAAGAACCUGAAUCUGUGGGUUUCCUCAAAGAAGCUAAGAUUACCACUUUGGAAAAACCUGAAUCCCCCCCAACACAGAAAACUUCAAAGAGUCUUGUAGAGUCCAAGAAAAUAGAGAAAGAAACAGAAAUGGAAAACACAGCUUUAAAUGUACAGGUGAUUACUGAAAAAACUGAAACUGUUGGUGUAGAGUCAACUGAACUUUCACCAAGUGAAAGAAAACCAGAGAUUCCAAAGGUUUCUCUUGAGCUUGCAAUCAAGGACCAGAUUCCAACUACAAAGGAACAUGACAGUGAAACACUGUCAGUCUCAUCCACAGAGCGCUCACCACCCAAAAGAAAGUCAAAGAGUCGUAAAGCUUCCUCAGAACUUAUUAGUGCAGAUUUGCCUGAGACUUUGAAAGAACCUGAACCUGUGGGUUCCACCAAGGAAGUUAAGAUUACCACUUUGGAAAAGCCUGAAGCCCCACCAACAAGGAAAACUUCAAAGAGUCUUGUCAAGUUAAUAUCUACCACUGAAAGAGAGCCUGAUGCAGAAAAUGAAUAUACUAAGAGAGAGAUUGACAGCGUGAAAUCUACCACACCUACAGAAAUGGUCACUGUGCAGACUGAACAAGUUACGGUGUAUCUGACGAAGAAAGAGGAAGAGUCAGAUAAUCAGAGAUCUCGUGUAUCUCCAGAGGUUCACACAGCAACAACAGAAAUUACUGCUGUGAAUAAAGGAAAGCUUUCACCACCCAAAAGAAAGGCAAAGAGUCGUAAAGCUUCCUCAGAACUUAUUAGUACAGAUUUGCCUGAGACUUUGAAAGAACCUCAAUCUGUGGGUUCCACCAAGGAAGCAAAGAUUACCACUUUGGAAAAACCUGAAUCCCCCCCAACAACGAAAACUUCAAAGAGUCUUGUGGGGUCUGAGGACACAGAGAAAGAAACUGUAAGGGAAAACAUAGCCUUACAUUUACAGGUGAUUACUAGAAAAACUGAAACUGUUGCUGUAGAGUCAACUGAACUUUUACCAAGUGAAAGAAAACCAGAGAUUCCAAAGGUUUCUCUUGAGCUUGCAAUCAAGGACCAGAUUCCAACUCAAAUGGAACAUGACAGUGAAAGGCUGUCUGUCUCAUCUACAGGGCGAGUUACUGCUGUUGUUUUGGAAGACGUGUCUCCCAUACAAACUGGAGGAAAGUCAGAUGAUGUGGAAUUUUCCAUAGCUCCUGAGUCAGUCCCUACCAUUGAAAGACAGCCUGAUGCAGAAAAUGAAUAUACUAAGGAAGAGCUUGACAAUGUGACAUCUACCACACCUUCAGAGGUGGUCACUGUGCAGACUGAACAUGCUAUGGUGGAACUGACAAAGAAAGAGGAAGAGACUGAUAGCCAGAGAUCCCCAGUAUCUCCAGAGGUUGCCACAGCAACAACAGAAAUUACUGCUAUGAAUAAAGGAAAGCUUUCACCACCCAAAAGAAAGUCAAAGAGUCGUAAAGCUUCCUCAGAACUUAUUAGUGCAGAUUUGCCUGAGACUUUGAAAGAACCUCAAUCUGUGGGUUCCAUCAAGGAAGUUAAGAUUACCACUUUGGAAAAACCUGAAGCUCCCCCAACACAGAAAACUUCAAAGAGUUUUGUGGAGUCUGAGGACACAGAGAAAGAAACUGUAAGGGAAAAUAUAGCCUUACAUUUACAGGUGAUUACUAGAAAAACUGAAACCGUUGCUGUAGAGUCAACUGAACUUUUACCAAGUGAAAGAAAAAAAGAGAUUCCAAAGGUUUCUCUUGAGCUUGCAAUCAAGGACCAGAUUCCAACUCAAACACAACAUGACAAUGAGAUUCUUUCAGUUUCAUCUACAGAGCAAGUUACUGCUGUUGUUUUGGAAGACGUGUCUCCCAUACAAACUGGAGGAAAGUCAGAUGAUGUGGAAUUUUCCAUAGCUCCCAAGUCAGUCCCUACCAUUGAAAGACAGCCUGAUGUAGAAAAUGAAUACACUAAGAAAGAGCUUGACAGUGUGAAAUCUACCACACCUUCAGAGGUGGUCACUGUGCAGACUCAACAUGCUAUGGUGGAGCUGAUAAAGAAAGAGGAAGAGACCGAUAGUCAGAGAUCUCCUGUAUUUCCAGAGGUUGCCACAGCAACAACAGAAAUUACUGCUAUGAAUAAAGGAAAGCUUUCACCACCCAAAAGAAAGUCAAAGAGUCGUAAAGCUUCCUCAGAACUUGUUAGUAUGGAUUUGCCUGAGACCUUGAAAGAACCAGAACCUGUUGGUUCCAUCAAGGAAGUUAAGAUUACCACUCUGGAAAAACCUGAAGCCCCACCAACAAGGAAAACUUCAAAGAGUCUUGUGGAGUCUGAGGUCACAGAGAAAGAAACUGGAAGGGAAAACAUAGCCUUACAUUUACAGGUGAUUACUAGAAAAACUGAAACUAUUGCUGUAGAGUCAACUGAACUUUCACCAAGUGAAAGAAAACCAGAGAUUCCAAAGGUUUCUCUUGAGCUUGCAAUCAAGGACCAGAUUCCAACUACAAAGAAACAUGACAGUGAAACACUGUCAAUCUCAUCCACAGAGCGCUCACCACCCAAAAGAAAGUCAAAGAGUCGUAAAGCUUCGUCAGAACUUAUUAGUACAGAUUUGCCUGAGACUUUGAAAGAACCUCAAUCUGUGGGUUCCACCAAGGAAGCAAAGAUUACCACUUUGGAAAAACCUGAAACCCCCCCAACAAGGAAAACUUCAAAGAGUCUUGUGAAGACCAAGGACACAGAAAAUGAAACAGAAAGAGAAAACACAGCCUUACAUUUACAGGUGAUUACUAGAAAAACUGAAACUGUUGGUGUAGAGUCAACUGAACUUUCACCAAGUGAAAGACAACCAGAGAUUCCAAAGGUUUCUCUUGAGCUUGUAAUCAAGGACCAGAUUCCAACUACAAGGGAACAUGACAGUGAAACACUGUCAGUCUCAUCUACAGAGCAAGUUACUGCUGUUGUUUUGGAAGACGUGUCUCCCACACAAACUGGAGGAAGGACAGAUGAUGUUGAACUUUCCAUUGCUCCUGAUCCAGUCCCAACUAUUGAUAGACAUCCAGAUGCAGAAAAUAUGGAUCAGAACAUUUCCCUGGAAAAACCUGAACUCCCUAUAUCAAAGAAGACUUCAAAGAGUCUAUUGGUGUUCAACGAAAUGGAGAAAGAAAUUGAAAAUGGAAAAGCACAUUUAAGUUUGCAGACAGUCAAACUUAAAUGUGCAACUGACAGUAUUUCUAUAGAAUCAACUGAGUUUUCACCAAGUGAAAGAAAGUCAGAGAGUCCAAAAGUUUCUCUUCAGCCUGAUAACAAGGCACCAGAAUGCACAGCACCUCAAUCUGAUGCAAGAGAUUCAGACACAGCGCCACAAAUGCAGCCAUGUCUUUCUUCUAGUUUUACAGAUACAACAAAUAUUGCAGAUUACAUUGACAAAUUAUGGACUAACACAGAAGAGGUUCAGAAGAGGUAUUUAGUUCUUGAGCUGCCUGAUCGAGCAGUCCCACAAUUGUUUGAGACAAACCAAUAUCAGCCAGACACAACAAUUUCUGAUAGCGAAUCUACUACUUUUGCCAUUGUUUCAAUGGAGCAGCCUCAUGAGACAGAGACAGAUGUAACAGAAAUAGCCCCAUCUAAGCUAAAUGAAACUAUGAGUCAGCAGACAGUCUCAGAUACCUUGCAAAUACAACCUGAAGUCAACAUCCAACAUGACGAUGGCCAAAAUAUUUUAGGCAAUGUUCAAAAGUCUCUUGAAGAUGAAGCAUUCAAAGCUGAAGAAAUGAGUAUAAACACAAGAAUACAAACAUCUGAAAAUAUAACUGUCUCAGUGCAAAAGGACCCUGAGAUGCACAUGGAGCACUUGACUGUACAGUGUGAGACCACACCACAAAGCAAAGUUGAGACAAGCAGGGUAGAACUCCAAGUAAGCAGUGCUGAAGGGAAGGAUAUUAAGGCUGAUCAAGGCUCUAGUCAGCCUACUGCUACUGUUUUCGCUUCAGAAAAACAUGUGCCCAUGAGCCCAGAUGACAAGUCUGUUACAGGGGAUAAAAUACAAGUGAAGACUAAAGUGGACUAUGAAAUACCAGCCAGCCAUAAAACUGCAGGUGCGGUUCACCCAGAGGAAGCUACAGUCGGAGUACAGAUGCAACAAAUCAGCAUUGAAAUGCAAGACAAUGUGGAGAUGUAUGCCUCUUCUCGACCUGCACUUCUGCAGGCAGGUGAAGAAGAGAGAGUAUCUGCAGAAAUAACCUUAUCUGAGCAAGACACUAUAAAAUCAGACAUGGUGAUUGAGCUAGAGAUCUUGAAAACCACACAGGAUAGCAAAGAGGAGCUGAAGGACUACAACUUAAAAGAGGAGGUCUUUAGAAAAGAUGUACUUGAUUUACCCAAAAGCUUGGAUGAAAAGGAAAUAUCGGGGGACUCUGAAGUACGAGUUUUACAGCUGGAUAUACCUACGAGUCAUGAAGAACAGGAAAACACAUUUGUCAUGACAGCAGCAGAACCAACGGUAGAUACAGCUCGAUCAAGUAUGCAGUGUGAAGAAAAAGAGACUGCAGUUCAGGUUCACCCUGAAGAGGCUACACUCAUAAUCAAGGUGCAAGAACUCAGCACAGAAACGCCAGAGGAUGUGGCUCAGAGUGACUCUACUCAAACUGCUCUGCUGCAGCCAGUUGUAACAGAGACAAUAUCUGCAGAAUUAAGCUUAUUUAAGGAAGACACUGUAAAACCACAAACAGCAAUUGAGUUAGAGAUCCUGGGAACCACACAGAAUAGACCAGAGGAGCUGACGGAUUACAACUUAAAAGAGGUCUCCAAAACAGAUGUACUUGAUGUAUCCCGCAGUUUGGAUGAAAAACUGGUUACAGUAGAGAAAAACCUGGUUGAGCCUCAAGUGCGAGUUUUACAAAUGGACAUACCAACCAGUAAUGAAGAACAGAAACAGACGUUUGUCAUGACAGCAGCAGAACCAAAGAUAGAUACAGCGCAAUCAAGUAUGCAGUGUGAAGAAAAAGAGACUGCAGUUCGGGUUCACCCUGAGGAGGCUAUACUCAUAGUCAAGGUGCAACAAAUCGGCACAGAAACACCAGAGGAUGUGGCUCAGAGUGAUUCUACUCAAACUGCUCUGCUGCAGCCAGUUGUAACAGAAACAAUAUCUGCAGAAAUAAGCUUAUUUAAGGAAGACACUGUAAAACCACAAACAGCAACUGAGUUAGAGAUCCUGGGAACCACACAGAAUAGACCAGAGGAGCUGACAGAUUACAACUUAAAAGAGGAUGUGUCCAAAACAGAUGUACUUGAUGUAUCCCACAGUUUGGAUGAAAAACUGGUUACAGUAGAGAAAAACCUGGUUGAGCCUCAAGUGCGAGUUUUACAAAUGGACAUACCAACCAGUAAUGAAGAACAGAAACAGACGUUUGUCAUGACAGCAGCAGAACCAACGGUAGAUACAGCUCAAUCAAGUUUGCAGUGUGAAGGAGUUCAUGUACCCUCUGAGGAGGCUGAAGUUAUAGUCAAAGUGCAACCAAUUACCAUGGACACACAAAAGUAUCUGGAUCAAAGUGAUUCCUCUCAAAAUGCACUCCUUCAAAGUGAAGCAGGGACAAUGUCUGUAGAAAUAAACACAUCCAAGCAAGAUACUGUAAAACCAGAAAAACUGACUGAGCAGGAGCUCCUGAAAAACACAAAGGACAGACCUAUCAUAACUAAGGAAACUGGGCUCCAGAAAGAGCACUCUUUAUUGUCAACACAUAGAGGGAGUGAUAUACCCAUGAGCCUGGAUGAAAAAGCAGAAAAAGUCCAAGUGGAGCCUGAUGUUGUUUUACCAGCCAGCUAUGAGGAGCAUGAAAGAUCAUUUGUCUCGAAAGCAAAUGUGCCAAGAACAGAUAUAAGUAUCCAGUCUGAACAUGCUCAAAUAAACAAAGAUUUGACUUCAGCUGAUGUUCAACCUGAAGAAGAAAUUAGCUUUACAAUAAAGGUGCAGCAAAUGAAAACUAAAAUGCCAGUGGAUCUCGUGGCUCAGUGUGAAACUACUCAAACUGCACUUUUUCAGCCAGGUGAAGCAAAGGAAACACAAUCUGCAGAAAUAAGCUUACCUGAACAAGACACUGUAGAACCACAAACAAUGAUUGCGCUAGAGAGCUUGAAAACUGCACAGGCUAGAUCAGUGGAGGUGAAGGAUUACAACAUGAAACAGGAUGUCCCCACAAAAGAUGUGCUUGAUUCACUCAAAAGCUUGGAUGAAAAAUCAGUUGCAAUAAAGCAAAUUCAAGUGGAGCCUCAAGUGAAAGUUUUACAGCUGGAUAUACCAAUCAGUCAAAAAGAACAGGAAAAGAUAUUUGUGAAGACAUCAGCAGAACCAAAACCAGAUACAGCUCAAUUAAGUAUCCAGCGUGAAAGGGAGCUGGGAAAUAAAGAUGAGACUUCAGCUGAGGUUACACAGGAGACUGAAUUUAUAAUCAAAGUGCAACAAAUCACCACUGACAGACAAGGAGAUGUCACUCAGAGCGACUCCAGUCCACCGGCUGAAGUAGGGAUAGCUUCUGCAGAAAUAAACUUAUCAAUGCAAGACACUGUAAAACUAGAACCAGUGACUGAGCAAGAGCUCUUGAAAACCACAAAGCAUAGAUCUACUGUGACUAAGGAACUUGUGAUCCAAGGUGAGCAGCCCAAACCAUAUGAACUGGAUGACAUACCCAUGAGCCUGGGUGACAAGAUGAUUACAAAAGAGAAAGUCCAGGGGGAGCCUGAGGUCCCUGUUUCACCAACCAGCCAGGAGGAGGAUAAAAGAACAUUUGUUGUGGUAGCAGAUGUACCAAGAGCAGAUGUAGCUCAUUCAAGCAUCCAGUCUGAAAUCAUUUCAGUAAACAAAGAUUUGACUCCCGCUGAUGUUCAACCAGAGGAAGCUGCUAGUCCAGAAGAUGUGGUGCAGCGCGACUCCACUCAACCUUCUCUGCUGCAGACAAGUGAACCAGACACAAUCCCUGCAGAAAUUUGCUUAUCUGAACAGCAUGCUGUAAAACCAGAAAUGGUGACUGAGCAAGAGCUCUUGAAGACCACAGACAGCAGAACAGACAUGUCUCAAACAAAUAUCAAAUGUGAUUCAGAACUUGAAAAGAAAGAUGUGAGUCCAGCUGAUGCUCACCCUGGGGAGGCAACAGUUGGAGUGGAGGUGCAACAAAUCAGCACUGAAACACAAGAAGAUGUAGCUCUGGUGGACUUGACUCAACCUGCACUGCUGCCGCCAAGAAAAAUUGCAUCUGCCGAAAUUAGCUUACCUGAGGGAGAAGCUGUACAAUCAGAAGGCUCCUCUAAAUUGUUAAUGCAUGGCAUGGAUGAUGUACCCACGAGCCUAAGUGACAAGUCUGUUAGAGUAGAGGAAACCCAGAUUGAGCCUGAGGUGCUUGUUUUACAAGUAGAAGUACCAACCAGUCGUCAUGAGCAUGAACAGACAUCUUUCAUGAUAGAAAAAAGUGACUCCGCUCAGCCUGCUCUGCUGGAGCCAGAGGUCAGUGGAGAGCUCUUGGAAACCACAGAAGACAGACCUAUGGUGACUAAGGAACUUGGCGUCCAAGACAAGCACCCUAAAGUAUUAACACAUGGAGUGGAAGACGUACCCACAAGCCUGGAUGUCAAAUUUGUUAAAAUGAAGAAAAUUCAGAUGGACCCUGAGCUGCUUGUAAUAUCAGCAGUUCAAGAAGAGCAUGUGUCAAGAACAGAUACAUCUCAAUCAAGUAUCCAGUGUGAAAGUUCAGAAGAACACAGAGAUACGAGUGCAGCUGAGGUUCUUCCUGAAGAGGCUGGAGUUAAAACCACAGUAGUAGAAGUCCAACAAUUUAGGACUGAAAUGAAGGAAGGUGUAGCUCAGACUGCCGCAGCUCAAUCUCUACUGAUACGUGCAGGUGAAACAGAGUCAACAUCUGUAGAAAUAAGUUUAUCCGAACAAGACACUGUAAAACCAGAAACUCUUACUAAGUUGAAGUUCUUGAAUACCACAGAGGAGAGACCAAAGGAGGUCAAUCUGCGAGAGGAGGUUGUAACUAAAGAUGUACUUGAUGCACCCAAAAGCCAGCAUGAAGUGUCUGUUACAGUGGAGAAACUCAGCAUAGGGCCUAGCGUAUCCACUCUACAGCCAAAUAUACCGGCCACCAUAACCACAUCUGUUGUGAUAGCAACAAGUACAAGGAAUGACAGUGAUCAAACAACUACGAAGUCUGAUAAAAUAACACCAAACCAAGAGCUUAGGUCUCUUGAAGCAGAGAAAGAAAAGCCUGCAUCUGAGAUGACUAAAGCAGAUGUUCCAAAAAGCUUUACCGAACUCCCAUCAGAACCAGUUGUGUAUCCUAAAGUCCAAACAGAUGCAACAAAUAGGAAAGAAGAAGAAGAGAAGCAGAAGAAGAAAAUUCAAGAAAAGGAAAAAGAAAGAAGCACCAGUGUAGAACCGCCAAUCAGGAUAAGCACAACAAUCACCACCACUACCAUGGAGGCCACUGAAACAAGGCUUCAGAAACUGCCACAGGUGGUUCAGAUAUCAUCAGGUGAUACUGUACUGGGUGAAGAACCCCAUUUGAAAGGACUGACCCCUCAAGAAAACAAAAUAGACGCAAAUGACGUGGAAACUGAGAAAACAGUACUGGAGUCACCAGGAGAACCAUCCAUUUUGACAGCGAUACAGCUACUCAAAGACAUGGGACCUAGCAGUCAACUCAUUGAGGGUAAACCCCUAGAGGAUGCUCCAGAGGUUCUGAUUUCAUCCACCACUAACAUGGACAGUCAUCUAAGUAGGGUUAUAUCUAAACUCCUGAACUGCAAGAACCGCUCAGCUGAGCUGAGCCCAACAGCCAUGGCCCGGCAGGUGGAGGAGGCUCAGGAGUGCAGAGAGGUUGCCCUGGCCCAGGUGGCAUUGCUCUCUCAGUUGAGAGGGGCUGUUGCUGAGAACAGGGACAGUCUGGAGCAUCUGGAGGACCAGUGGACCAGUGCUGCCCAGGAUGCAGUUAAUGUUAUUCAGAGUAAGGAGGCUCAGCUGCAGAUGGUGACUGAUUAUUGCCAGCACAUCCAAAUAGCUAAGAAUGCGGUGGACAAAGCAACUGCAGAACUAGAUGCUCUUCAAACAUCCCCUCAGAACAGCAGCUCCAAGGAGGCAGAACGACUAGGCUCCUUACAAAGAAGUAUGGAGGAGAACAGAACAGCACUUGGGGAGCUGCUUGUGACCCAUAGCAAAUUGUGCCCCCACCUUACCCGGUAUGAGCGAGCAACUGCAGAGACUGAGCAGAAGAACCUACAAGAGAGGUGGAGAGCUCUGGAAAGAACUGUGGAGAGUAUGCUUCAUCACACACAUGACCGUUCUCACAAGACCAGCAACCUUCUGUCAGAGUUAUCAGAUUUGCAGGAACACUUGGAAAUGAUAAUUAGAGACCUUGAAGCCAAGUUGCCAUCAGUUACUCAGUGGAACUGCAAGAAGGCACGACAGCUGAUGGAGGCAAACGCUGAGGUUAAAGCAGCCCAGCAGAAGUACCUCCAUUUACAACAGCUGUCAGAGCUGCUGCUCUUUAGCCCACAGUGGGAUGUGGAAACAAAGGAGAUCCAUCAGGGACUCCAGAGAGUUAAGGACAAAAUUUCUCACACAGAGGAACUUUUGGCUACCCAAACCCUGAACAGCAGCAGCCCUAUCAUGGAGAAAAUUGUCAAAGUGAUGAGGGAAGGCCUGGCCUGGGCCAGGCAGACAGAGAGUGAUAUUGAGGGCAGGAGAAAAAGAGUAGCUCUUCUCCCCGAGGAAGUUCACCGGCAGCUCAGGGAUCUGAAGAAGCUGCAAUCUGAGGUGAUGGCCAAACAAGGUCAGCUGGAGUCACUGGUGGAGGAAAUGACUGAGCUCUUUCCACAACUGGACCAGGUUGAAGAGGUGCCUAUGGUGCAGAGCCUUCUGAAAUGUCUUGAAGAACUCUCAAAGUCCACCAAUGAGAAGCUGUCCAAAGCUGUGAAAGAGGUGGAGUCAGGACUGCAGACCAGAGAAAAGCUAUCUGAACAGAUUGCCGAUCUAGACUCCUGGGUUGUGGCUCAUCUGCAAAGAGAAGCCUCCAGGGAUCCAGACAGUGAGCUCAGGAGCCCUGCUGAACUUGAUCGCAGAACCCGCCAGAUCCAAGAAACCCUGGCUGAGGCUGAAAAGCAGGAAGCAGUCUGUGAGGCUCUUUUAAUUAAGAGUAAAGAUAUCGCUUCUGAACUCAGUGUCACAGAGAACUGUCAGCUUUUUGACAAGCUUACCAACCUCCAGGAGAAUAUCAGAACCAUUAGCAGCCAAGAGAAAAAUAACAAGAAGGAGCUGAAUGAACUCACCCAGACUUUAGAUUCAAGCAAGAAAAACCUGGUUACUGUUGAAAACAGUCUAAGGCAGAUGUUGGUGGAUCUAAGCAGACACAGGUUCCCCAUUACAAGAGAGUCCCUGCAAGCUUUGGAGCCUUUCAAGCACAUGAUUUUGGAACACAAGUCGCAAGUUGACCUCCUGCAACCCUGGAUUCCCAAUGAGAAGACAAAAGAACUGAACUCUGUCAUCUCUGAGCUGCACAACAAAAUGUAUGCCCUAGAAAUGAAAGCCAGAGACCAAGAGAGGUACUUAAACAUGAGGCAAUGUGUCGAGGAUCUCAGGGAAAGCAUUCAGGAACAGGUGCGCCAGACAAAAGAAGAUGGCAAUGACACAGACGAGAAGUACAGAAUCUGUCAGAACCUUCUUAUCCAGUUUCACCUGAUGAAGGGAUUGUGUGAAGAGGCUCGCUCAAAACUACACACAAUUUCUGCUGACCUCUACCCUUCACAGCUGACUGCAGAGCAACAAAGGCUUAAACAAAAUGAGGAGAGUCUUAACACCCUCGAGAUGACACUCCAUAACAACCUCAGCAUCAUUGAGUGGAACCUGCUGAAGGACCUGGACCUGGAAUCAGAGAGGAAAGCCACUAAGGCCUUCCUCUUAAAGACCCAGAAAGAGUUGGAUAAAUGUCCCACGGUGGAGCCAAAUGACACAGCAAUUAACAGAGAAUAUGAGAGAGUGGUGUCUCUGACAAAGACUGUGGAGUCAAGAAUGAGAGCACUGGGGGUGCUGGAGCAAAAGAAGGGAAAGAAAAAAAGAAGUGGAUCUCAAGAUUUGAUGGACUUGAAGAAUGCAGUCCUCGGUCAAUGUGAAUCAUAUAUGGAGAACAUCACUCAGGCCAGGGAGUCACUGAGAAGCUACACCUGUUCUGUUAAACAGGCUGUACAGUUCCUGAGGGCUAUUGAGGUGUCUAUGCUGCCACCUCAGGGCCCUGCUAGGGUCUGCGGUGACAGAGUCGAGGAGACCCAGCAGGCUUUGGCCUCACUCCAGCAGCAAUUUCAAACUCAUGUGGAACAGCUCCAAGACCAGACUCCUCUGCAUCAAUACUUGUCCCCACUGAAGGUGGAGCAGCUCCAAGAGAGUAUUCUGAGCCAACUCCUGGUGAUGAUGUCCACUCUCCAGGCAAAGGGCCAUGUGAAGUUGGAGUGUCUAAGCAGGUGUGCAGAACAGCACAGAGAUUACAUCAAGUGCAAAGAAGAAAUCAUACAGAGCGUGAAGAGUACAGGGAACAGGCUUUUACAGCUCAUCACUCAGAAGGUCACCUGUCUCACUGACUGCACUGACCAGGAGGCAAAUCUUAGAGCACUUGCAGAGCAGAUGGAGGCCCUCCUGAGACGUCUGGGAGAGCUGCAGGAGUGGUGUUCAGAGCAGAGCUGUCGCGGAAGCAGGGAGACCACCAUGACUUGUAUCUGGAGAUGGGUAUUAAGACUACAUCACUGCACACAGGAGCUGACAACUCGCAGCAAACAGAGAAUCAGAGAAUGGAGUGAUAUCUCAGACAGCGUGGAGAAGGCCUCUGUGUUACUGCAGGGAGUGGAGGCAGAGCUUCCUGACGGCUCCAAGGUGAAGGCAUCUACCGAGGAGCUUCAGGACGUGUUGCAGUCCUGGGAACAGUACCAGGACAGGCUGGACUGUGAACACAGAGCGCUGUCUGCACUGGAACUGCGCACUGCCAGGCUGCUGGGUGUCCCUGCCCACCUGGAGCAGGCUCCUCCUAUUCCACUCUGUCAGCAGCUGCAAGCAAUGCAGGGCCGAUAUGACAAUGUGAAGCAGAGAAGCAGGGAGGGUUUGCAGGCAGCCAGGCAGGAGCUGGAGGACAGAGAAAAGGUGCGAGAGGAGCUGCAGGGUAUCCGGGUUUGGCUGAAGGCCGCUGCAUCUCUUCUGACAGAGAUGGAGCAGAGCAGCAGCACACAGGAGCUACAGGAGCUCUACAGCCAGCUGUGUACCCAGAAGUCUUUGCUGCAUCGUAUCAUGGAGAACCUGAAGAUGAAAUACUCAGAUAUGUACACUCUGGUCCCAGUCGAGAUUGACAGCCAAAUGCAGGACAUCACUAAGUCUCUGCAGCAAGUAGAAGAAAAGGUGGGAGAGGCGAUAGAGAGGAGCGGUCCUGUUCACAGGUUGGGCGCGAGGAUGUCCGAUAUCGAGGCUGGCCUGAGAUCUGUUCAGAAGAGACUGGAACAGAGGAGCCCCAGUGUGACUCAAGCAAAGAUCACUCAGAAGCGUGCCUGGGAUGAGCUGGAUGUGUGGCACUCGCGUCUGGCAGCCCUGGAAGUGGACAUGCAAGACUUAGAGAAGCCUGAGGAGGUGCUGAUCCUCACAGAAAGACUAGUGGAGGUUCAGCAGCUUCACUCCCAGCUGGCCAAACAGGCAGAACAGAGGACCACCCUGAUCAGCAAGAUUCAAACGUGGCUUCAGGAACAUCAAGAGAUGGUCAAAAGCUCCAAGAGCUGGAUGUCCGAGGCUCAGUCGUGGCUUGCUGCUCCCUGCACCUACACCACAGCUAAAUGUUUGAGCAGCCACGUUCACGCCCUGCAGUUGGUCCUGGAUGAUUCAGUCCAGAUCCGAAACACACUGCAGGCCUUCAGCUCGGUCCUGAAGGAAAUGUCGCAGGUUUGUGAUGUCACAGCUCUCCAGGAACAGCUGGUCGAAGCAGAUCGCCAAGUGGCCGAUGUUCAGGACAGCUUCACAGCUCCUCUGUCUCAGCUGGAGCAUGCUGCCGCUGAGGUGGAGGCGAUUGAGAGUGAAGUCAAGCGCAUGGAGAAUGAUGUAGCAGAGAUCAAGAACUUGCUAUCUUCUCCAGAGAGUUUUCCCAGCCCCAGAGAGGACAGUUUAAAGGGGGUUGAGCAGAGGAUCCAGUCGAUGAGGAGAACAGUAGCUGAGAUCCAGAAAUGUAAGCCAGGCCUUUGUCUUCCUGAGAAGGCUGAAGAAACUCUGACUGUCUUUACUGUGGUGGACCAGCUCCAGACUCUGCUGCUGGAACUGGAGAAGAAGGUUCCUGCGUUAUUUAUCCAGCAGCCUCCAACUCCCACACAAGCCAAAGCUCAGUCGGCCCAACAGACGACCACUGAACUCAAAACAUCUGCAUCUGAGGAGGCUGAGGAAGAGCAGGGUCAGAUCAGAAUUGCUCAUGUUGAGGAGGAUGUACUACGGAGGUCUGGAGCUACACUGCUGACUGUGGAGCAGUCCUCACCUGAACAAAGGCAGGCUCCAACACCUGAUGUCACCCAGCAGCGGAAGCAUCAAGGCGUGCUCCAGGCUGAAGAAGCCACAGAAAAAAAAAGCAGUGAGGAACAGAGAGUGGAAGAAGGUGGAGGAGGUUUUUAUUGGUGGCUCUGGGAUGUUUUCCUGGGCUCUUCACCAGAGGAACCUGUGGUUGUUGCCUCAGAAGCGACUGAAGCUGCGACUGGACAAAGCACUGAACAGCUUACAGAAGAAACAAAGGAUGUUGAGGGCACCACUGACACCACAGAAACAAGUUCAUCUGAAGCAUUAUCAAAACCCCUGGGCACAGUCACAACUCAGUCACUGCCUGAGAGCAUGGUAAACACAUCGCCGACCGUAAAAGUCUCCAAAUCCAGCUCUGGGUCACAGCAGAAAUGUGUAGUCUCCUAGAUCUAGAACUUGUAGAUCUGCAUCUUUUUUUCCUCAUCAAUCUAAGUCUAGAACCAUUUCUGUGCAAAAUCUCCAAGCACUCCUCAAAGCAAGCCUAGAGGCCACUGUUUGACGUAUUAUAGACCUUUCAUGUCUUUGCUGGCAAUAACUUCUAUGCACCAUCGUAAAUCUUUCAACUUUUUUCUGGAUCCAGUUUGAAAACAUUUCUAGAAUCAAGAUUUCUAUUCUUUCUCUAUAAUCCCCUAGAAUGAUUCCUCCAACUUUUUCUAUUCUAGCCUCUAUUUCUGAGCCACUAGAUGUUGGACUGACCUCCCACAUUACUCCAGACCAGAGGCUUUACUGCCUUCUGUUGUACUCAAAUUGGGAGUCAUUUCUUUUUUUUGAGCUAGCGGUAGCGUCUCACUUUUUCUCAAAAUAUUGGUUUUGUAAAGCCUUUGUAGAAGCAAACAUCUCCUUUACAAGAAACAACCCUAGAACACCUACUUAUCAUUGAAAUCAUUUAGAGUUCUCCUCUUUUUUUUUUCCUGGUCUUUUUAUUUUUCUUUGACAGCAAAACUCAGAACUUCUGUCUUCUUGUAGAACUAAACCAAGAACACUUAUUCUUCUAGAACCAGUUCUAGAGCUCCUGAUGUUAGGUUUCUUUUAGACAUGUCUCACAGUGCAUUUACAUGGCAAAUGAUUGCUUAAUAUUGUUUACAUUUGAAUCCUUUAUUAUGUCUUACUGCAUGGCAAAAACUAAAGUGCAGGAAAGAACCAAAGCAGAGGUUUGCCAAAUAAGUACUUUUCAAGUUUAUUUUUGAGUUUAGACGAAGGAUUACUGAGUUUGCAGAGAAAUCUGCUUAUUCUUUGACAAGUCAACACCACUGACACGUGGUUCAGGAUGACACAGCACUACAUCUGCUACAAGUGAGAACUGGUUGCUGAUGGUUACCGUUUUACCCCUCAAGAAAACUGAAAGUAGGCAGAUGGUACUUUGUAUGUGUGUGGAUGUUUUUAACAGUCUGUAUUAAGCCUUUGCCUUAGCAUGGACCUUUAUUCUGAUGGGUUAGUUUGAUUAAAACAGAAACAAAGUGUAUUAAUAGACACAUUUUGUGAGCCAUGUUUUAUAAUGUAUCUUAUAGGGAAUGGUGAUUUAAAAUGUUAAAACUUUUUGAUUGUUGACCUUUUCAUUUACCAUCUGGGCUCAUUUACCAGCAAAUGCAGAGCAUAUGUGAUAAAAUAAAUAUUUCUUUAGUUGCUUCUCUGCAUCUGCCAUUUGUAUUUCCAUAAGCUCAUAAAGCGGGGUGUGUUGUUUACAGAUGUGAUUGACUCAAUCACUGCCUUGCAGCAGGACAGUGGAUAAUGAUUCCUGCUUUGUCAUGAAUAAAUAUACUAAUAAACAUUAUCACUCUUUAAAAUACACAUUUUAUACUUAAGACCUUAAUUAUUUUUUGAAGAUGACUGUUGGCCAUGAAAAUGCACUGGUUUAUCAUGAAUGCUGAAUCACUGGCUGCUGUGCACAGAUGGAAACUUUGUGAAUCCCACUGCAUUGCUUACUUUUUAUUCAGAAGUAAGCAUUUAAUAAAUAGUCCUAAAACAAUCUAUACAUUACAGCAGUAUGUUUACAAUUAGGGAAAUCAUUUUUUUAAAAGAAAGAAAAAUCUACAAUUUUUGGAGAUACAAGGUUUUCAUCUGAAAGCAGCAGACAUCUUACAUUACCUGGCAUGUGCUGUACUACAUUGUUUCCCUCAUGUUUUUCCCCAUUCUGUCUGCAUAUCAUUAAAAGAAAGAGAAAAAAAAAGAGCACAAAUACAAAUAAACCCACAAUAGUGAUCCACUC